CCGAAACUCUGUUAGUCUAUUUCAAUUUCUCCCAUCAUUUUCAGUCAUAAUGAGGAAUUUAAUAUUAAUUGUGCUUAUAGUAUUUGUAUUAAAAUAUUCAAUUAAAAAAGUAUUUGCUGCAGAUUACCACUGUACACCUGGGUCAAAAGAAUCACCUCCAAGUUUAAUAUUAAAAAAUCAUCUCUUCUGUAUGUAUGAAGAAGAUGUACGCCCAGUUGAGAACAAGGAUCAAAUUGUCAAUGUGUUUUUACAGUUAAUUCCAAAAUUUAUGGAAUUUGGAAGUCGUUCAAGUACCUUCACUCUUCACUAUUGGUUAAAAAUGAAAUGGACUGAUAAUCACUUGAAAUGGAAUCCUGGGGAAUUUCAAGAUGUAAAAAGACUUCACGUUCUAAGUAAUGAACUUUGGAUGCCGGAUUUCAUGAUUAUUAAUACAUUGGAUCAUUUCAAGCUGCCCUCCACAACAUGUGUAGUGCAAAAUACUGGAAAUAUUACUUGUGUUUGGGCAAUUAAGACCUCAGUUUCUUGCGCUUCGGAUUAUACUUAUUGGCCAUAUGAUAAGCAAACCUGUAAAUUUAUAAGUGCAUCCAGUACUUACCAGAACCAUGAAGUUGAUUUUUAUUUCAUAGAUUCCGGAAUCUCAAUGGAUGAUUAUGCAUUAAAUCAUGAGUGGCUUAUGACACGUCAAGAAGCCGAAAGACUUGUUUUCACCAGUUCCAUCUACAAUUAUACUGAAGUUACAUUUGAAUUCGAUUUGAAAAGACAUUCAAGAAUGGCACAUUCGGUUUUCGUCACACCUGCAGCCAUUUUAAUGCUAUUCACAAUGACGGUUUUAUGGUUGGAUUCGAAAUCUAUUGAACGAAUUAUACUGGCAGGUGUAAAUUUCGUCUGCCAUCUUUUUUGCAUUUAUGAUUUACAUUGGAUGGUCCCUUUAAAUGGUUUAAGUAUUCCACAUAUAUUGGUAUUUUAUCGAGAUUCGCUGGUUUUGGCGGCUUUCGCUUUGAUCAUGACUAUCGUAUUUCGAAAGUUACAAAUGAUUAAUACAGCUGCACCAAAUUGGAUUUUCUUCAUCGUGUCAAUUUUAAAGGAUUACCGUCUGGCAAGAUUUCUUGUGACAAGCGAUCAAGAGCUGAAAGAUUCCUGUGGUUCAGAAACUGAAAUAGAAGAUAGCGUGGAAUCGAUACAAACAGUAACCGUUGAAACGAAUAAAGAAAAAACGUGGAGUUGUUUCUCAACUUUUAUGGAGUGGAUGUCCUUGUUCAGUAUUUUUAUUACCUAUUUGAUAUUAUUAGCAACUCUCAUACCGAAAUGAGAGUACCUAUUAAAAAUAUAAUACAAGUCGUAUAUUAUUUUGAAAGCUUUU